AUGUCCACACGGUGGCCCAAGCCCCUCUGCCUUCCUCCCCAGAUCGCCGGAGUUGCCUUGACCUUUCUCGUCGCCGUCCUCCACACACCGUUCACCUUUGCUCAAGAGCAACCGCCGCCGUGGCUAAUUUGCGGCCCCGACCCUCCCAGUGGCAACUACACGGAGAACAGCACCUGCCAAGGAAACAUCAAUCGACUCUCUGGCACCCUCCCCAAGAACGUCUCCUCCAGUCCGCUCCGCUUCUCCAAUCGCAACUUCUUCCCGGACACCGACAAUUUCACCACCGCGUACUACCUCGUGGGCUCCCAGGUGGUGAGCAAGCCGACGGACGCGUUCGAUGCAGCCGUCCGCCUGCUCGUCAACACCACGGCCGGCUACGCAGCCGAGAACUCGUCCAGGAGGUUCGCCACGGGGGCGGAGGGUUUCGAUGGGAGCAACCCCAGGAUUUACGCGCUGGCGCAGUGCACGCCGGACAAGACGGUGGACUUCUGCCAGAGCUGUUUUGGCACCAUUAUUAACCGGAUGCCCGAGGAUUUCAGUGGGGUCAAUGGCGGGGGAGUUUUCGGAACCUGGUGCAGCUUCCGGUAUGAGGUGUAUCCUUUCUUCUCCGGCCGUCCACUCCUACAGCUUCUGGUUGUUGUGAUCCACGGAAAUGAUCUUGCAUAUCCAAUCAGAAAUCACGAGCAACAAACAAGAUGUGAUUAG